AGGGGAAGAGGAAGCCCUGAGGAAGAAGGCUGCUCUUAUCACACUAUGCUGCGCCUGAGAGGACACUCCGCUCUGCGAGCCGGCGUUUAACCUACCGCUCUCGAUCUCUGUUUGCUUUGGUCUUGAACUCUGAUCGUUGCUCACUCGCUCUCUCCCUCCCUCUCUUUCUCUCCACAGCAGAGUUCAGAGCUGCUCAGCGAUGCCAGCGCUGCUCCGUCUUCAGUAAUCCAAGGUUAUGCUGCCCAAAAGCUGCCUGAGUCCCAGUGAGAAAGAGAAGGGCUAAAGUCACACCGAUCCAGAAGCUUACAGAACUCCAUCACUUCUGCUCCUGCUGCCCCACCCCUCCAUCCUGCAGAGACAUGUCAGACCCAAGCCUUCCCCAGCCCAACACCCACGCCAUGACGUCUGUCAUCCACAGUCCCGAGGCCCCCACCUCCUCUUCCUCCUCCUCAAUCCGCGCGGCCCCUCGGGCCGAGGAAGAGGAGGAUGAAGACGACCUGAACAAGGCCCUGGGCGUCCAGCGUUUCCAGCAGAUCUUGAGCCCUUCCUCCGUUGUCCCCGACGACCAGCACCGCAACUACCACGAGGAGGACAUCCUAAACCACCGCCACUCCUCGCACCACAUCCACCGGCCGCUGUCCAAGCUGCCGCCCGACGGCCGCAGGAAGAAGAGCAGCAAGAAGAGGAAGAAGGAGCGCGACCACAGGGUCAGCGCCGCCGGGGGGGCGCCCAUCGAAGAGGGCGAGGAUGACGAGGAGGAGGAGGAGGAGGGGCUCGAGAGCCACACCUCCCAGUCGGAGACGGAGGGGCCCCAGGACGUGCAGUUCUUCGUCUCCGAUGAGGACCCCCACAUGACCUACAGGUCCGACUCCUCCACCACCCCCCAUGGGGUCCGAGACGUGAGCAUCGUGAUCCAGUCAGGUGUGGGGCUUGAGACUGAUGACUCCACCUCCACAGAGAAGCCAGAGUCCCCCAGCCCGGCCAGCCCGGCGUCCUCCAAGGCGGGCGCCGACCACCCCCCGCUGGGCCGCGUGUCCUCCACCAGCCGCAGCUACGACCUGACGGAGCGCCGCCGCACGGGCAACAUGACGGGGGCGGAGCAGGCCAAGUACCAGCGCAUCCCCACCGACGAGAGCGAGGCCCAGACCCUGGCCUCCGCCGACCUGGACGGCAUCAAGAGCCAUCGCUUUGAAGAUGUCCCCGGGGUCCGCAGGCACCUGGUGCGGAAGAGCACCAAGGGACAGGUGGUCCACACAGGGAAGGACCACAAGGAGCCCAGCACCCGCAACCGCAAGCAGGACCACACGCCCCACGAGGUGUUUGUGGAGCUGAAUGAGCUCACCAUGGACAAGAACCAGGAGAUGCAGUGGAAGGAGACGGCUCGCUGGAUCAAGUUUGAGGAGGACGUGGAGGAGGAGACGGAGCGCUGGGGCAAGCCUCACGUCGCCUCGCUCUCCUUCAGAUCCCUGCUGGAGCUGCGCAAGACCAUCUCCCAUGGCGCGGUUCUGUUGGACCUUGACCAGAAGAGUCUCCCGGGCAUCGCCCACCAGGUGGUGGAGCAGAUGAUCAUCUCCGACCAGAUCAAGGCUGAGGACCGGGCCAACGUCCUGCGGGCCCUGCUGCUGAAACACAGUCAUCCGAGCGAUGAGAAGGAGCACACGCCCCACUUCCCGAGGAACAUCUCAGCAGCCAGCCUGGGCAGCCUCAUCCCCCACCACCACCACCACCACCAUCACCACCACCAGCCCUCCAACCACCAUCACCCCCACCCGACAGAACCCACGGUCACAGACCCCCUCAUGGGCUCCACCACAGUCCCCGGGGAGGCGGAGCUCCGCAUCGACAUAGAGAAGAACGACGCACAGUUUUCCCAGAGUAAGGAGUCCUCCUUGGGGGCCAUGCAUCGCUCCAAGUCCAAACACGAGCUGAAGCUCCUGGAGAAGAUCCCCGAGAACGCAGAGGCCACGGUGGUCCUCGUGGGCAGCCUGGACUUCCUGGAGCAGCCCACCAUGGCGUUUGUGCGGCUGCUGGAGGCGGUGGAGCUGGACUCGGUGCUGGAGGUCCCGGUGCCGGUCCGCUUCCUGUUCGUCCUGCUGGGCCCGCCCAGCACCAGCAUGGACUACCACCAGAUUGGACGAUCCAUCUCCACCCUCAUGUCUGACAAGCUCUUCCACGAGGCGGCCUACCUGGCAGACGACAGGCAGGACCUGCUGAACGCCAUCAACAGCUUCCUGGACCUCAGCAUCGUGCUGCCGCCGUCCGAGAUGGGCGGGGACGAGCUGCUGCACUCGGUCUCCCGCUUCCAGAAGGAGAUGCUCCGCAAGAGGGAGGAGCAGGAGGUCAAGCUGCUGGAGCCCAAGAGCAUGGAGGAGAAGGAGGCCCUGCUGAAGCCCCCCAAGAAAGAGGAUGACCCCCUGGAGCGAACGGGCCGCCCGUUCGGCGGGCUGAUCCGGGACGUCCGCCGCCGCUACCCCAAGUACCUGAGCGACUUCAAGGACGCGCUCAACGCCCAGUGCGCCGCCGCCGUCAUCUUCAUCUACUUCGCUGCUCUCUCGCCCGCCAUCACCUUCGGAGGACUGCUGGGGGAGAAGACGGAGGGUCUGAUUGGUGUGUCUGAGCUGAUCGUCUCCACGUCGAUGCAGGGCAUUGUGUUCACGCUGCUGGGGGCCCAGCCCCUCCUGGUGGUGGGCUUCUCAGGACCCCUGCUGGUGUUUGAGGAGGCCUUCUACACGUUCUGCAAGGCCAACGAGGUGGAGUACCUGACGGGCCGGGUCUGGAUCGGCUUCUGGCUCAUCAUCAUCGUCACGGUGAUGGUGGCGUUCGAGGGCAGCUUCCUGGUCCGCUUCGUCUCCCGCUUCACCCAGGAGAUCUUCUCCUUCCUCAUCUCCCUCAUCUUCAUCUGCGAGACCUUCAUCAAGCUUGGCCGGAUCUUCAAGGAGCACCCGUUGAAGCGCUGUUCCCUCGGUAACGGUAGUGACUCAGAGCUCCAGAACCUGACGGUGCCGCUGGUCGCCGUGGGUAACGGCACCGUGGUGCCGCUGAAUGUGCUGGGCGAGCCCAACACGGCGCUGCUGUCCCUGGUGCUCAUGGCGGGGACCUUCCUCAUCGCCUUCUACCUGCGCAAGUUCAAGAACAGCGCCUUCUUCCCCGGCAGGUUCCGUAGGAUUAUCGGAGACUUCGGAGUUCCCAUCGCCAUCCUCAUCACCGUGCUGUUGGAUUACUGUGUCGAGGACACGUACACGCAAAAGCUGAGUGUCCCCAGUGGUUUCUCGGUCACCAGUCCGGACAAGAGGGGCUGGUUCAUCAACCCUCUGGGCGUCGUCAAGCCCUUCCCCAUCUGGAUGAUGUUUGCCUGCGCGCUGCCGGCCCUCCUGGUCUUCAUCCUCAUCUUCAUGGAGACCCAGAUCACCACGUUGAUCGUGAGUAAGAAGGAGCGAAUGCUGGUGAAGGGCUCGGGGUUCCACCUGGACCUCUUCCUCAUCGUGGUGCUGGGGGGCUUCUCUGCGCUGUUCGGCCUGCCCUGGAUGGCAGCCGCCACUGUGCGCUCCGUCACCCAUGCCAACGCCCUCACCGUCAUGAGCAAGGCCGUCGCCCCCGGCGACAAGCCCCGCAUCCAGGAAGUGAAGGAGCAGAGGGUCACGGGUCUGCUCGUGGCCAUCCUGGUCGGACUGUCCAUUGUGAUCGGGGAGCUGCUGAGGCAAAUCCCCCUGGCCGUCCUGUUUGGGAUCUUCCUCUACAUGGGCGUCAUGUCCCUCAACGGCAUCCAGCUCACCGAGCGCAUGAUGCUGCUGCUUAUGCCGCCAAAAUACCACCCAGACCACACCUACGUCCGCAAGGUGCGGACACUGCGGAUGCACCUGUUCACCUGCAUCCAGCUGGUGUGUCUGGCAGCGCUGUGGGUCGUCAUGUCGACCGAGGCGUCGCUGGCCUUCCCCUUUGUCCUCAUCCUCACCGUCCCCGUCAAGAUGUUCCUGCUGCCCCGCAUCUUCACCUCCAGAGAGAUGAUCUGUCUGGACGCCGACGACGCAGAGCCAAAGUUUGACGAGCGGGAGGGACACGACGAGUAUGACACCAUGCAUAUGCCAGUUUAACGUUGCCCAGCAACCACAUCCUUGACCCAGGGGGUGACUGAUCACGCUUACACCACCAAUUCUGUGUGAGUCCGGAGUCCGACUCACUUUCCUAGAAUACACUGUGAUUAAAAGAGUAAACCCAAACCUUGAGUCCAGCAUUCCGAGACCAGAAGCUGAUUGGACGAAGCUCCGCUGACGACGUGGGUCUUGGGUCAUGACAAUGGGUUCAGUUAAGUACCAGCCCAUUCAAGACCCAACCAAUCGAACCUCGCACACACUGACGCCUUUCUCUCUUGUUAGCUGCUGGCAUCGAGGAGGAGUCUGGCCGUGCGCCGCUUGUACUAAUAUAGUGGAACACUUGUGCGCACAAAAACACAAACGACUAAAAGAUAGUGGCUUAGUUUAAAUUAGAGUAGCCUUUUAAUCACCAGAGAUCAUUUUUGACCUGUGUUAAUAUUCCAGGGGAAGAGAGGUUAAAAAUCUGGCAAUGAUAUUGUUAUGAUGCUGGACCCAGACUAGGAUUAUAACCUGGGAUUAGAGUGGUCACACAUUCCUCUUUUACCAUCUUAAUUUAUUUUAACUCACCAAGCGCCUUAGGAAUAGAAAUAUGGGCUGUUUCCUGCCUUUAUCUGCCUUCUCUUAGACCGCAGCCACUCAAGCUUCCAGCACUUUUUAAAGACAAAGAAUCUGGAUGAGGAACUAAAUGCUGUGUGUUUUAACGUAGAUAUUUGUAAUAUUUCUGUCGUCCCGCUGGACCUCUAAUAUACCCGCUCAAUAAAUCAGCGUUGCCUUAAUUAGCUUUGUUGUAGCUCCCUAAAUAUAUAUCCCUGUGACUGAUGUUUAAUGUAAUGUUUCUGUAUUUUACAAAAUCGUAUUUAUAUGCAUACUAACUGGCUGAAUGUCGUUAGUUUUAGCCAGAGAAUAGCUAGCUAUGUUGCUUUGCGUUUGUGACUGGGGGAAGGUGCUGCAGUACAUCGUCUCACCAACAGGGGGAGACAUAAAAGUUGCUGAGACAUAAGUACUGCUGUUGUACCAAAACCUUAUAAAUAAAAGCAUCAGGGUACACACUAGUUACUAGAUCAUAUAAGUCACUCGUCAAAACAGGUUAUCUACCGUAGCUAAAUAAAAUUGUUGUGAUGUGGCUUGGUAUUUUUUGUUUUGCCCAAUUGUGUUCUGACUUAUUCACUUAGUGAAAUAAAGUUGAAAGGUUAUUUUGUUAGUGGGUGCUAACUGCUAACUAAAUAUAAUUGUGUUGUUUUGAUUGCCAAACGUAGUGACGUACUAGUUUUUAGUCUGAACGAUCAUCAGUUCAUUCAUCUCAAGUCCUGGCACGCACUGAGCUUGAAAAAGUUGUGCAAGACAUUUCACAACCCUUUUUAUUGACCUAUUGGUUUUCAACAUUCCACAAUGUGUUUGUAACUUCAUUUUACAUUUGUCUCUGGUAACGAAACUAACUAUUUGCAAUGCUUAUAGAAGAAACCUUUCAUUCAAGAAUCAUACUUAUUUAACAAAAUUCUACUUGAUUCUAGACAAUCUUGAAUUUUGGCACCAAUCUCUUUGCUGAAAACAAAGGCUUGUCAAACAUUAUUUUUAAUUCAUGCUAGGAUUGCCGAUAAGAACUUAUGUUUUGUCUCAGAGUUUACUUGAGAUUUAUUUCUUUUCUUUGGUCCUAUGUUUCUGUACAUCUCCCAUACCAUCACAAGAGAAACCUGUUGGUAUACGUCACAUACUGAAAUGUAUCUAAAUUAAACGUUUUGAAUGCCCUUCAACCGUACAGUGUCCGUACAGUAUGUAUCUUUUGAUUUCAAAAUGUUUGAAGAGUGAUCAGCACAAAUUGUUAUUUUUACUAUGUGUGUUUAUCCAAAUGCAUUGUUACAGGAGUGAAGCUAGAUUGAAUAUGUAAAGAAAAAGGUUUAAUGAAGGUGUGUGUGUGUGUGUGUGUGUGUGUGUGUGUGUGUGUGUGUGUGUGUGUGUGUGUGUGUGUGUGUGUGUGUGUGUGUGUGUGUGUGUGUGUGUGUGUGUGUGUGUGUGUGUGCGUGUGUGUGGAUCUGGCCUGUGGAUUGUGUUAAUCUGAAUGUGACCAGUUUGUCAGAAGUAAAUGCUAUAUUGUUCCAUUUAAAAAAAAACGCAAUACAAAGACAGAAUUUACCUUGUACAUAAUUGGUUCAAAUAUUGAUGGCAAAUAAAGAUAAUUUUUUAUUUAUUC